AGGGUCGCAGCCAUUUCUUCCGGAAGCGAAGGGGCGACGCGCAGCCUUCUGGGAGCCGGCGGUUUCCUAGCAACGAAAGGACGCGUGUGGACGAGGAGGCAGCUUCCUACUGCUGGUAUGCAAGAUGGCAUGGGGGGACAGAAAGGAUGGAGAUUCCAUACUAGAAGUUCUGGUGAGGAGGAACCUGGAGCCUUCUAUACAUGGAGAAACACAGGAGCUCUUGUCUCAGGCGUUGCUCCAUCUACACACUGUGAGGCUGGAUAGAGAAGGGAUCGCAACACUAAAGCAUCUGGAGUUGGUUAAGGAGGUCCAGAACCUGUACCUACAAGAGAAUCAAAUAAAGAAGAUUGAAAAUAUAGAUGUCCUGAAGAAUCUGAGGUUCCUUAGUCUUUCUUGGAACAGAGUGGAAAAAAUCCAAAACCUCCGGUGUUUGACAAAUCUGCAGUUCCUGGACAUUUCCCACAAUUUGAUCAAGAGGCUGGAUGCAGGUGAAUUACCCCGGAGUCUUCUCAUCUUGGAUCUUACUGGAAAUCCAUGCACCAAGGCAAAAGACUACAGACAUCAAAUACUAGAGGCCUUGCCUUUACUUCAACAACUGGAUGGAGAGACAGUGAGAGACUCUGAAAAUUCAAACUCUCUAAGAAUUGAGGGUGAGGAGGAUGGAAGUAGUAGUGAUGACAGUGAUGAGAGUCUGCCCUUUGUUUUAGAAGGUCUCUCAUCUGUGAGCCAAGAGAUGAUGCAACGGUCCUACCAGAGAAGGGACAGGGCGCUAAGAGAACAUGAGGAGCGUUUAUCAGAGCUCAGUGAUACCCCAAAUAAACAGCUACUCAUUACAGCCCAGAAUGCCACUGCCAACAUAGUAUCUCAAGAAUGUUCAUCCAUGUCACUGAAGCAAGCAUCAACUUGUACGACCAAGCCACAAAAUGCUAUGAUUUCUGAAAAAAAGCAUCAGAAUUCUGCUUUAGUCAAGAAGCAACUCAAAGAUCAGCAGAACAAUGGCACCGCAAUGCCACCUUCCAAACUAAUCGCGAGAAAUCAAGAGUCUGUCUCUUCCAGGAAGCCGGGAAAUGGAAGGUUAAGUGAAGGACUGAACAGGACCUCUUGUAAAAAAUUGCUGCCUUCUGCUCCUCAAUCAAAACCAGAUACAGUUCCUUCAGUAAAAACUCCUAGUGCACUUAACACUCCUCAGAAAGAGAGACAGACUAUAUCUGCUCCUUCCACCAGGAAAAUGAAUGUUGUCCCUACCAAAAAUACAUUGCCUGGCACCAGAGAAGGUCUCAAGUAGACAUAGCCCAUCCACUG